UGUGUUUACUAUGUUGUAUAAUUCAUUUAAUGAGUUUAAUGAGUUGUAUAAUUUAUUUAUUAAAUUAUCCAUUUUAGAAAUGGAAAGAUCAGUUGUAGCAUAUUCGACAAAUUUUAAUUUACAACUUCACAUCUAUCACAUUGUGUUGUUUGGAUCAAUAUUAACAACAAUUGCAUCAAUACUAAAUUGUAAAAGUCCAUUUUCUAUACCAUUCGGUAGAGAAUCAGAGGCUGACAAAGCUGAAAACAGAUUCAAUGAUUCCAAUUCUGAUGUACAAGCUUAUGUUAUGAAAUCGGUGAUUUUUUUAAAAAAAUUUAAUGGAGUUUACUGGUUGACAUUGGAUUUGUCAAAUUCAUAA